AUGCCGCCGAAGCGCAAAUCGAACGCCGCGGGCGGUGCGGCGAAGAAGGCAGCGACGCGACUGUCGAAGCUGGCCCGGGAACACAACGUCACGGCGCAGGAGGAGGGCGAGAUCAGGGAGGCCUGGAGCCUAUUCUCCGAACCCCUCGACGGCGAGCGCGACGGUGUCCUGCCGGUCGACGACGUCAAGUCGGCGCUCACGUACGUCGUCAACCGACCCCUCCGACCCCCCUUUCCCCCGAAGCGAGCAUGCAGCGACGGGCAUGGCCCCAGACGCGUCUUCGAAUGCAUCCACAAUCAAGAUGACUGGCGGCACUGGCGGCUGACGCGACGCAGAGCCCUCGGCAUCCCCCCCUCGUCGCCGGCCGAACUCGUCGAAUUCCUCUCGAUCCUCGACCCCUCGUCGGACGGGUUCGCCACCUUUGAGCCUUUCUUCGCCAUCUGCGCGCUCAAGCUGCACGAGCGCGCCGCCGCCGACGGUGGCGAUGCGCACCGAGCCGCCCUCGUCGAGGCGUUUCGCCUCUUCACCAACGGCACCGACGGCCCCAUUUCCCUCGCACACCUCCGUCGCGUGGCCGCGCUUCUCAAGGAGGACGUCGACGAUGAGCUCCUCAAGGAUAUGAUACUCGAGGCCAACAGCGGUGCCGGCGUGGCCCGCGGCGUCGCGAUGAACGAGUUCGACGAGGUGAUGCGGAACGCGGGCGUUUGGCGGUGA